UUUGGUGGUUGUCUGAUGAGUACCCGGGAAGUUAUAGUCUGACCGUGGGGAGUCGUUUUCUGGUAUGUGCCACCGACGUGGUUUCUAAAUAAUAAUUCCUCUCCUCUACCACCUCUUCCAGAUUAUUACUACCACUCCCCACUGAUCUCUCUCUCCCAUCUUACUCAUACAACUACGCAUCACACAGAGAGAGAGAGAGAGAGAAGAGAGAGAAAGGCCAACUAACAUUGUGCAUUGAGUAGCAACUUUACCCUUUGUUACACUGCAACCAGUAUUCAAUGGACAGAGAAUCGUCUUCAGACGAAGAGGAAGAUCGACGAAACCUAAUCAAUCAGAACGAAAGGCCACCAAACAAGUCCCCCACCAAACGCUCCACCUUCCAAAUCGACGACGGCGACGACGAUGAUGAUAACGAAUUCAAACUCAGAAACGGUACCACUGAUAAUGCCACUCGCCAUCUCUCCCUCCCCAAAUUCAGCUUCAACAAGAGGUACCUCCUCGCCAUUUUCCUCCCACUCUUCAUCGUCGUCGUUUACUUCACUGCCGACAUCACAACCAUGUUCCAAACCAGCGUUUCCGGCAUCAAGCUCGACUCUUCCAUCGACCGUAUGCGCGAGUCCGAAUUGCACGCUUUGUACUUGCUUAGACAGCAGCAAUUAGGGCUUUUAAGAUUAUGGAAUAACUCGUUUGCCACUCCUGUGAAUUCCACGACGAAUUCCUCGGACUCACCCGCGUUGUUCGAGGAUUUCAAAUCUGCUAUGGUUAAGCAGAUUUCGUUAAACAAACAGAUUCAGCAAGUACUUUUGUCAAGUCAUGAAUUUGGAAGUAGUUAUUGGGAUUUGGAGGAAAAUGUCACGGGUCUUGGCGUGUAUGCGAGUCUGGAUAGGUGUAGGAAGGUUGAUCAGAAGUUGUCUGAGAGGAAAACGAUUGAGUGGAAACCAAGGUCGGAUAAGUACUUGUUUGCCAUAUGUGUAUCGGGGCAAAUGUCCAAUCAUUUGAUUUGCUUAGAGAAGCACAUGUUCUUUGCAGCCCUACUCAACCGCGUUUUGGUUAUUCCCAGCUCUAAAGUAGAUUACGAGUUUAAUCGUGUGUUGGAUAUCGAUCAUAUAAAUAAAUGCUUAGGGAGAAAAGCUGUUGUGACUUUCGAGGAGUUUUCAGAAGCCAAAAAGAAACACUUGCACAUAGACAAGUUUGUUUGUUACUUCUCUUUGCCACAGCUGUGUUUUAUGGAUGAUGAACACGUUAAGAAGUUGAAGUCGUUGGGAGUUUCGAUGAACAAGCUUGAGCCUGCUUGGGUUGAGGAUGUCAAGAAGCCGACAAAGAGGACAAUGCAAGAUGUAGUGGCAAAGUUUUCGUCUAAUGACAAUGUUAUCGCGAUUGGAGACGUUUUCUUUGCUGAUAUGGAGCAAGAUUUGGUGAUGCAGCCGGGUGGUCCUAUUGCUCACCAAUGCACGACUCUGAUUGAGCCAAGUCGUCUUAUCAUGCUUACGGCACAGAGGUUUAUACAAACCUUCUUGGGGGAGAGAUUUAUUGCUCUCCAUUUCCGGCGUCAUGGAUUUUUGAAGUUCUGCAAUGCUAAACAACCAAGUUGCUUUUUCCCAAUUCCUCAAGCUGCAGACUGCAUUGGCCGGGUGGCUGAGAGGGCCAAUACACCUGUUAUAUAUUUAUCCACAGAUGCUGCAGAAAGCGAAACCAGGUUAUUGCAAUCACUAGUCAUAUCAAACGGAAAAGCUGUACCACUUGUUAAGCGGCCAGCUCGUAAUUCUGCUGAAAAAUGGGAUGCUUUGUUGUACAGGCAUGGCCUUGAGGCAGAUCCACAGGUGGAAGCUAUGCUGGAUAAAACAAUUUGCGCCAUGUCUACGGUGUUUAUUGGAGCUUCUGGAUCCACUUUCACGGAGGACAUUCUUCGGCUCCGGAAGGAUUGGGGAUCGGCAUCACUUUGUGAUGAAUACCUCUGCCAAGGUGAACUGCCCAAUUUUAUUGCCGAGGACGAAUGAAGUGGAGAUACAAUGGCCACCUCAUGAUCAUAUUAGGGUCCUUUUGCCUGACUUUGUGGAGAUACAAUGGCCACCUGAUUAUCAUAGUAGGGUCCUUUGGCCUGACUUACGUUCCGUCACCCUCAACCCAUGGAUGUUCGUUCCACUGCUGCUGCCGAUGGUUGUUGCUCGGCCUGAUCUCUGUCUGUGUGUAUUCUAGUGUAUGAUAGCAGCGUUUUGAAAUAUGUUUUUUUUUUUAUACUCCCUUUUUAUGCCAUGGUCGAGUGUUAUUUGUUGAUUCACCUGGUUUUUUGUGAAUUCAGAUUUUAGCCUCACCAAUAAAAUAUCACUGCAUCUUACAAGUGGUAGAUACUUUUAA